AUGCGGGUUGUGCGCCACAGGCGGGUUGCCACUUCCGCCACCCCCGUGCGUCUUCUGCGAUCGGCGGCGCUGGCGUCAUCGUGGCCGCGGCUGCAGCAACACGCACGCCGUUUCAUGACUGACGGUGGUCUAAACGACAACGACGGCGGCGGCGGCGGCGGCGGCGACGAUGCGGGGGGUGUUUCCGGUGGAGUGUCGCUGCCGCGUAGCGCGCUGCCGCCGUCCGACUUCCCCGAGCGGAGUUUUCUCAAGUGCAUCGAGAAGGAGAUGCAGGACGAGGCGCUGCGGCUGGACAAGGAGGAGGGGGCACCGCCGCCGCCGUCCGGAUGGGAGAUGUACCACGCGCCGGGGACCAGCGUCUUCUACGGCCGGCGUUGGUGGCUGCCGCCGACGCCUGUCGCCCCGGCGGGGCCGCGUGGGAUGGAGCGGCACACGAUCCGCGUGCAGCUCACCACGCGGGAUCCCUCGCUUGACCCCGAGUGCGACGUGCGGGGCGAGCACUUCCCCUUCUCCCUCUUUGUGCAACGCGGCGUGGGCGGCGCCGGGGGAGUGGCGGAGGAGCGCGGUCUGUACGAGCAGAGCAUCGAGGUGCGGGCCGACUUUGUGGAGGGGGAGUUGGUUGUCGACCACGUUGUCUUUCACGGCACACACGCGCCCGCCGCGAUGGCCAGCUCUCCCGCACGCCCCCACAGCCAGAAAGCGGAGCCCCAUAACGCGGGCAGCACCGCCUCGCCGCCUGCCCUGACAGAGGCCGAGGUGCAGUACAACAACCUCUUUGGCGGCUACCCCGGGCCGAACCUGGACGAGGUGGAGGAGGAGGUGCUCGACGGGAUACAGGCGUGGCUCGCGGAGCGCUGCAUCGACGACCAGUUUGGGGAGUUCGUUGGCCAGUACUCGGUGUGGGUGGAACAGAUGGAGUACGAGCGCUGGCUGCGGCAGCUGCGUGAUUUUGUGGCCGCGUAA